CUCUCUCUCUCUCUCUCUCUCUCUCGCGACUCAUGAACAUAUCUGUAAGGAUUUCACCAGAUCUAGGGUUUUACUUUCAUUCGAAUUCAAAUCCAUGACCCCAACCUGUGACGGUGUGGUGUGCAGUGUUAAAAUCCGCUGAUUAGGGUUCCGGCAGUGGGAUUCUCGAGCAGAUUGGUGGCAGACGAGCAUCUGGCUGUAGAUGGUGGUUGAGGUCAUCUGCUUCAGAUUUAGUUAGUUCUAGAAACUGAUGUUGAAAAUUUGUAAUUUUGAGGAUUGUAUUGCUGAUUUCAAUAGUUUAGAAACUGGUGGCGUGUUUGUGCUGGUUCGACAAAGCCAGAAAGCGGGGGCGACGGCUAGGGUUUCGAUUAGUGCUCUCUGUCCGAUGUUCUUCACGAUAGAGAUCCACUCGAUACGGUAAAGAUAGAAUUCCAGCAUUGCUUGGGGUUACAGGUGUGCUUGAUUUGGGCAAUUUCUCUUCAUCAUUAUGGGACCUCAUAUUCGCGCGUUAAGGCGUAGUAAAAAAAGAGUUCAAGCUGCAAUCCAAAGAGAAUUACCAUUAUUGGUAUCAAGAGAAUUGGUUUUUAAUCAAGAAAACAUAGGAAAUGCUGACUUGCAUAGAGCUAGAUGGGGUCCUCUUUUUUAUCAGAUGGAUAAUGCACUUUCAGAAGAAGAAAAGCAUUUGGAGAGAUCGUUGAACCAAGUGAAUGAAAUGCUAAUGCAUUGUAAUAAUGGUCUUCUACAAUUUCAUCCGGAACACAAUUUGCAAAAGCAAACCAUUGACUACAGAAAUUUGAAAGCAGAACUGAGCGUAUACAAAGAUUUAGCUGUACAAGCUGCAGCAGCAGCCAUCGACUCGACAUCUAGCUUUUUGCGAUCGAUGGAAAAUCUACCAUGUUUCUGAUGAUUUCUUGACGUCCGGUAGUGAUGUGUAACUUGAAUCCAGUUUGAAAUGAAGAGCUUAUGCUUUCUGUUCUUCAGAAUUACAAGCCUGAUAAAGUGGUGAAGAGCGUACGGGUGGCGCCGGUUCGACUUGGAUGGGAGGCGAGGUUUUAUCGAUUAUUCCACUGUCUUGCUUUCGGGCGGGUGGAGGUCGGGUUUCCGAUCAUCUGGGGAGAGCCAUGGGGUUGGUGGCGGUCGAGUAGUCGACCUUGGCCACAUCGCCCGGUGUCACGGUGGUUGCAAGUUUUUGAUCACGACACAUUCUCGGCUGACGACAUAAUGGGAGAAGCGAAAUUGAUAUCCACCCGUUGAUAACAUCUACAACGGUGUUUGGGGAUGCGGGGAUAUUAGAAGAUGUGUAGAUAGGAAAAUGGCUGAAUUCGGAGGAUAAUGCAUUUUUUAGAAGACAGCAUUGUGAACGUCAUUGAUGGGAAGGUGAUACAAGAGGUCACACUUGAACUCCAAAACGUUGAAUCUGGUGAAAUAGACCUGCGAAUUGAGUGGAUGCCACUUGAUCAGUAACAGGAAAUUCAUGUUUAAUAUUUUACUGUUAUUUCUUUUUUUGUUUAUUAAUUCAAUGCGUAAUAAAAUUCUUUGAUUGUAAUUAAUGAUAUGACCACCAUGUAUUGUAUUUAAACUUUUGAAUUUGUAUUCCUUCUCUUUUUUUGUGAGAA